GGACUUCGAUCUAGCAGAUUAUGACUACCUGCCAGUAUCUUCUGAAAUCAAAGAACUCUUUGAAUACAUCAAGAGGUACACUCCCAAAACAAUAGAGAUCGAGCACAAACUGCAGCCUUUUAUUCCAGACUUUAUUCCAGCAGUUGGAGACAUUGACGCGUUCCUAAAGGUUCCCCGUCCGGACGGCAAGCCUGAUAACCUGGGCCUGCUGGUCCUGGACGAGCCGUCGACCAAGCAGUCGGAUCCCACCGUGCUCUCCCUUUGGCUGACGGAGAACUCCAAGCAGCACAACAUCACACAGCAGAUAAAAGUGAAGAGUUUGGAGAACGCAGAAAAGAACCCCAAAGCCAUUGACAGCUGGAUUGAAAGUAUCGGCGAACUGCACCGCUGCAAACCUCCCGCCACGGUCCAUUACACCAGGCCAAUGCCCGACAUCGAGACCCUCAUGCAGGAAUGGUCACCGGAAUUUGAGGAGCUCUUGGGGAAGGUGGGCCUCCCGACUGCAGAGAUGAGCUGUGACCUGGCCGAGUACGCCGACAUGAUUUGCGCCAUUCUGGACAUCCCCGUGUACAAGAGUCGGAUCCAGCCUCUGCACGUCCUCUUCUCCCUCUACUCGGAGUUCAAGAACUCGCAGCAUUUCAAGCCCCUGGCUGAGGGGAAGAAGGGUGGGAGCCCACCGUCCAACGCCCCUUCACGAGCAGCAGACACAGAAGUGUUCAGCUUUACUUGAAGCUUCACGUUAAACCCUCAUCUCCUGGAUCGAUGUCCGCCGCCGGACAGCCAGAUCCGACCGAAGCAGCCUGGGAAGCAACGCGCCGC